AUGCGCGAGGAGGCUGCGGGCGCUUACGGCAGCAGCAGCACCUACGACUACGGAGAGGAGAGCUACCGACGACGCCCCACACCGAGACGAGCUAGCGCCGACAGCCGCUCGACCUCGAGGGAGAGCCGUGCGCGUAGCCGCACUCGCUCCCGCACUCGUUCUCGAGCCCGCUCUCGCACCGGCUCCCGCCCACGCUCGGUGAGGCCUCGCAGCAGGUCGACGGCCCGUGCCAGCCAGGCAGCUGCAGCGGAAGGAGGACGAGGAUCCAACCCCCCACAGGGGAGCUGGGCGGCGGUCGCCUCCGGAGGCGCACCUCGUGCGCCGCUAUCGCGAACCGAGACUGCCAUUAAUAGAAACCCGGGAGCAACUAGUAGCAGCAAUAGCGCUCAGAGUAGCAACAACGGAACAGAAAGCUUGUUACAGAAGCGACUGGAUCAGUUAGAAUCCGUCAUCAAAACACUACAGCAGGAAAAUGCUAGGCUAAAGACCGAAAUUACCACGUUAAAGGAGGCCCCAGCAACCCCCUCUCCUCCUCCUCUGACCAAACCCGUCGCCGCAGAUGCGGCUGGUCGAACGGUCGAGAGCGCGGAGGAAGUCACGGAGGCGCAGGACGCACAGCCCGCUCCUACUAAACGCAAGGCGCUAGACCCGCAACAGACCGAGAUCAAAUUGCAAACGCGCGAGCAGAAACUCCGCGAGUGA